GAAAAUAUCCAAUGACUUUCGCCAUCUUGAAUCUUGUUUAAGUCUCGCCAAUCACGUGAUUUAAACGAGACUUUAAAAAUUGCCGGGAAAAAAAUGUCAACAAAAGAGUAUCCAACAACUGAUAGAAAUAACCCAAAUUUGCCAUGGGUUGAAAAGUACAGACCUAAGCAGUUGGAUGAACUUAUUUCUCACAAAGAUAUUAUCUCAACAAUUGAUAAAUUUGUUAAAGAAGACAGACUGCCCCAUCUUUUGUUUUAUGGACCUCCAGGAACAGGAAAAACCAGCACUAUUCUUGCAGUAGCAAAGCAGAUCUACUCUCCCAAGGAAUUUAACUCUAUGGUGUUGGAGUUGAAUGCAUCAGAUGAUCGAGGAAUAGGUAUAGUGCGGGGACAGAUUCUCAGCUUUGCAAGUACAAGAACUAUAUUUAAAUCUGGUUAUAAGAUUGUGAUACUAGACGAGGCUGAUGCUAUGACAAGAGAUGCACAAAAUGCUUUACGUAGAGUCAUUGAGAAGUUUACAGAGAACACACGUUUUUGCAUCAUCUGCAAUUACCUUUCAAAGAUCAUCCCCGCUCUCCAGUCUCGGUGUACUCGCUUCAGGUUCGGACCUCUGGGUACUGACCAAAUGGUGCCACGCCUUCAGCAUGUCAUACAACAAGAACAAUGUAAUGUCACAGAGGAUGGCAUGAAAGCCUUAGUUACUCUAGCCAAUGGUGACAUGAGGAAAGCUCUAAAUAUUCUCCAGAGCACACAUAUGGCUCAUGAUGUGGUGAAUGAAGACAAUGUUUAUACAUGUGUGGGCCAUCCACUUAGAAGAGACAUAGAAAACAUCAUCAACUGGGUCCUGAAUGAGAAUUUCACCUCUGCGUACAACAAUAUUUUAGAAAUGAAGACAGAAAAAGGUCUGGCUCUUCAAGAUAUCCUGACAGAAGUUCAUACAUAUGUACAUAGACUUGACUUACCAAUUAAUGUAAAAAUUCAUCUUCUGGACAAAAUGGCAGAAGUAGAACAUAGGCUGGCCUCUGGCACCAAUGAAAAGAUCCAGCUUUCAUCUCUGAUAGCUGCAUUCCAAGUAGCUCGAGAUCUCAUUGUUCAAGAAACAUAAUGAUUUCUUAUGAAACAAAUCAAACUGUCUACCGCUAUUAUGAAUAAAUUUUCUUGAAUAAGU